AUGGAGACCCGCCAGGUGUCCAGGAGCCCCCGAGUGCGGCUGCUGCUGCUGCUACUGCUUGUGCCCUGGGGCACCCGCACUGCCUCAGGAGUCGCCCUGCCCCCCGCCAGGGUCUUCAGCCUUCCCCACUCCGGCCCGGCCUGGGCGGAUCCCGCCACUCCGCUGUCGCGGCGGAGCCUGGCGCUGGCUGACGACGCGGCCUUCAGGGAACGCGCGCGGCUGUUGGCAGCCCUCGAGCGCCGCCACUGGCUGAACUCGUACAUGCACAAGCUGCUUGUGCUGGACGCGCCCUGA